ACAUCUGUGUACUGGCAGCCAUCCCCGUCGUCAUGUGGCACGCCUUGUCAUGACAGCCUGGCACGAGCAGCGAGGUGGACGUGUACCGAGAGCCUCCGCCGAUGGUCGUCCACGUGCUUCGCUCUCUCCUCUUCGACGCCGCGGAUCGCUCGGGAACGCCAGCCAGUCGUGCUUGGGAUCGCGCAGGAGAAGGACGUGCUUUCCCCUUCGUCUUGGCCAGGACCUGAACCUCGGAAGUCGAGUCAAGGAUUGACUUUAUCGCCGUCGACGGAAUAUCGUUGCUUUGAUUUGCGAUUCGCGUUUUGCUCCGGGAUAAGUACUUCGGCUUCGUCUGCCGUCCGCCCGUGGCUUGUGCUGUGCAAAGUGGGAGGAUUUGGUCGAGUUUUUGAGAGCAACAUUUCGAGGGCGACCUGGUGCUGGUGUUUCAAGUGAGAGAGACAAGGACGAGGUUAUUUUCCCCCUUCAGCGACAUCGUCCUCGAAGCAGUUCCUUCGCCAUGAUGAGUUCCGGCCGAGACGAGCUGUGCGGAGGCGCGGGCGCGGGCGGCGAGAGGGGGCGGCGCCCCCACCGCACGCCCCCGAGUGCGGCCGUCGAGGCGGAGAUGCGGCUGUACCUGGACAAGCUGCGGGAGAUCGUGCCGCACAUCCCGCGGAACCGCAAGGUGACGCGCCUCGAGCUCAUCCAGCACGUGAUCGACUACAUCUGCGAUCUGCAGCACGCCCUCGAGGAUCACCCCGGCCUCAAGGACGAGCACGCCGCCCGCCUCCUCACGCCCCCCACCUCGCCCCACCAGCUCUCGCCCAUGGCGCCGCACCUCAUGCCGCCCACGCAGCCGCUUCACGCCCACCUCGCGCCCAGCCCGCACCACAUGCUGCCCCUGCCCAGCCACGCACAUCUCGCGCCCUCGGACCACGCCGCCCACAUGCCGCCCAUGGCCGGCCUCGGCGCCAGACAGCCCCUCGGAGUCCUGUCCACCGCCAACACCUUGCAGGCCAUGCCGAUGCGCCGUGACGUCACCAAGACCACGAGUAGAGUCACUACCAUCAGCCACACACUCCCGGGCAGCACGUGAAUCACUCCCCCUCCCCUCUCCUUCCCCACCCCCUCCCCGUUCUCUCCAUGUCCCCUUUAAACUUCACUCCACCCCCUCCCUCCCUCCCUCCCUCCACCCACCCCCCCUACCACAACCCCGAUGUGUGUCCUUCUUUCACGGAUCAACUCACUCCUUCUCCCCCCCUCCUCCCCUCCAAGAUUUUAUUUUUAAAGAUCACACACCCUAAAAGAAAGAAACAAAGAAAAGAUUGCAAAGAAAGAAAGAAAGAAAAAGAAAAGAAAAAAAGGAGGUGUAUUUGAGAUUUCAUGGAUCGGAUUUUUUUUCCUUUCUUUCUUCCAAGAAGUAUAUGAAUAUAUAUCCUUAAACAAAAAAGGAGGAAUGGGUGAAGAAGGAAAAAGAGUUGUUUCAUUUUUUUUUCUGUCUCUCUCUCCCCUUUUUUUUUUACUUAACUUUCGGUUUUCAUUCUACUGAACACUCCCUCCCCUCCCCCUCCCCCUCCCCCACCUCCCUCCACCUCUUUUUUUUUUAUAUUCCUUCUCCCGAAAGUCACUGACCUUCCCGAGUGUCCCAAAAGAAGAGUCUCAAGAGUGACGUCACAGAACCCAAAGAAGAUUUCGUCCGUGGAAAAAAAAUAUAAAAAAAAUAUCUCAAGAGUCUUACCCAGUGACCCUUCAAGAUUAUCUUCUCGGGAGAUGAAUCCUCGCGGCGAAUUAUCCAAGAUCUUUUUCUUUUUGAAGUCCAGCUGUGACCUCUCAACGAAAAGAAAGAAGAGAUAAAAGAAAAGAGAAACUCUAUAUAUACAUAUAUAUGAUAAAGACAAGGAGAGGGAAAUCAGUAGUGAAUAGAAUCCUAAGUGACAGAAAAUUUUGUGUGCGUGGCUGCGUCAAUGCUUAAGGUGAUAGAUAGUCAAGGCAUUGAGGGCCCCUGUGUUUUGAGGAGUCCGUGUACUUAAGGACCCUUGUGUUUGGGUCCUAAUGCUUGUGGGUCCCUGUGUUGGAGGACUCCUGUGCUUGUGGGUCCCUGUGUUGGAGGACUCCUGUGCUGGUGGGUCCCUGUGUUGGAGGACUCCUGUGCUUGUGGGUCCCUGUGUUGGAGGACUCCUGUGCUUGUGGGUCCAUGUUCUUGAGGGUCCCCUGUGCUUAAGGCCCCCUAUAUUGGAUCAUGAGGGCCCCUAAGAUAAGACAAGGGCCUCAAUGAUAACACGAGGCCCUCAAGAUAACAUGAAAGCUUCAAGAAAGCACGAGGGCCCCAAGAUAACAUGAAGGCCCCCUGUAUGAUCCUCACACGCCUCCGGUCCGCGUGUGCUACAUAUGCUAUCCUCGCAUAGCACAUGUAUGCAUCUUGUGUAUUAUUAUUAUUAUUAUUAUCAUUAUUAUUAUUAUCUUAUCUCUUUUCUUUUUUUGAUACGAGUGUGUCCCGAGGAGGAUCUUCCCAAAGAUGUUCUUUUUUGUCCUUCAAGAUAUUCAGUUUAAAUAAAAAAACGCACAUUCCUGUUUACGUUUGUUAGUGUGUAGGUAUUUGUCAAAAUAUUAUGUACGUGUGUAUGUGACUUGAAACACAUGUACGUGUGUUUGCAUGGACAUCUGUACGUCUGCGUACGCACGCGUAUGUGUGUACAUGUAUGUCAGUCGAAACACAUGUACGCGUGUUUGUCAGGACAUGUGAAUGUGUGUGUAUGUGAGCGUGUGCGUGUGUGUAAAUACAUAUAAUCCUAGAGAAGGAUAAUUUCGAGACCCAGGUGCGCGGUGCAGCGUCCUGCUCGCUCGCCACACGGAGUCCUGACUGCCCCUUGCUGCCCCGCCGGCAGAUGGCAGACGGAAGGAGGCGCGGGCAGACAGCUGGUGGUUGGGAGGGUCAGCGGCGACGGAAGGGAGGGAGGGCGAGGGAGAGAGAGAGGGAAGAG